UCAGUGAGAUGUCAACCCAAAUUCCGCGUUGCCUGCACCACCCCUCCCAUUAUAAAGGGUCGUCUCCGAAGGCUCUCCUCUCCUACGCGACCAUUCCAUCUCGGCGUUCCCCAACCCUUCGACGUCCCGAGGAAAAGAAGAAGUUGAACCAUGGGGAAGAGAAAGUCAGCGGCUAAGCCACCUCCCAAGAAGCGGAUGGACAAGCUUGAUACUGUAUUUUCCUGCCCGUUCUGCAAUCAUGGGAGCAGUGUUGAGUGCCGAAUUGACAUGAAGAAUCUGAUUGGUGAGGCUUCUUGUAGGAUCUGUCAGGAAAACUUCAGCACCACUGUUAAUGCACUCACCGAGCCUAUUGAUAUAUAUAGCGAAUGGAUUGACGAGUGUGAGCGUGUCAACACUGUUGAAGGUGACGAUGAUGCAUGAGCACGUCCCCACGCGGUUAAAACGGUUACUAUGACUGUAAUGCGCCAGCAUUCUCGAAUGCCAUAGCCAGCCAUGUCUGUAAUAACGUCGUAAGGACGUAGUGGCUGAUUGAUAUGCCAGUAGGCAAUUUAUCUAGCACUUAAUAAACUCCAGAAAGAUGUAUUAUACCUGUAUGUCGACCUUAUAAGUGUAUGCGUGUUUGAUGCCUA